AUGGCGAAAAGCGGCCGCUGGUACCGCGUCCGAUUGGACGUCGUCUCAGCAUGCUUCGAGAGUCGUGAGCACGGGCAAAAGAUCAACGGUGGAGAUCACGCAGUGCAGCUGGAAGCAGCGCAAUCUGAAGCUAUUUCACUGUUGCUACCGUACCAGCAGCCACUCUUCUUCCACUGCACCUGUACGAGUGUGUUUCGUUUCGUACAGCAGGCCGGCGAUCGGUCCGACAUGGCCGGCGAGGAGGCGUCCGGCGGCGCCGGGCUGAUGGAGCCGGCGCCGGCGCCGGCGCGGGCGCUGAUGCCCGUGACGGCGAGGAAGCCGCGCGGGCGGCCGCUGGGGUCCAAGAACAAGCCGAAGCCACCGGUGGUGGUGACGCGGGAGAGCGAUGCGGCGAUGCGGCCCGUGGUGCUGGAGCUGGCGGCGGGGUGCGACGUGGUGUCCGCGGUGGCGGCGUUCGCGCGCCGCCGCCGCGUGGGCGUGUCCGUGCUCUGCGGGCGCGGCGCCGUCGCCGCCGUCACGCUGCGCCUUGCGGCGGCGGAGGAUACCGCCUCCGCGGUGACGCUGCACGGGCGGUUCGAGGUGCUGGCGCUCUCCGGGACCGUGCUGCCGUCGUAUUCGCCGUCGUUGGCGCCGGCGUUCUCGGUGUCGCUGGCAGGCCUGGGCGGGCAGGUGAUCGGCGGGACCCUGGCCGGGGAGAUGACCGCGGCGGACGGGGUGGUCGUGGUGGCCGCCGUGUUCAGGACCGCCGAAGUGCACCGGCUGCCCGCUGCUGGCGCAGAGGAUGGGGACGGCGACGGUGGUAGGGAGGAGGGGAGGCAGCUGCAGGUGGCGGCCAGCGGCGCCGAUGCUGCGGGACUGGGUGGCUACGGCGGCGGCGGCCACGUGGGCCAGCACGCGGAGCAGCUGCCUGAGAUGGGUCUGUGGGGCCAGCAGCCGACGCCCACUCGCGGACCGGUCCAUCCUCUGCAAAACCGCUUCUAG